AUGGAUCGCUUAACUAUUUUAUCUGCCAUAUUAAUAAUUGUUACAAUCCUACAAAUCGUGGCAAAGAAUGAAGAGAGUUUGAAACGAAAUCAUGUGACUCUUAACCUAAUAUUCAUGCACCAAUACCAGGCUAACUCAAUCUUCGAAAUUAUUCAUGAUAGUGAAUCUUCUAAUUUGCUGACGGACUAUUUUUCACUUCUUUUAAAAGAUAAAACAAUUCAGAAAAAUUAUCCGACUUUUAUCACCCAAACUCAUAAAAUGUUGCACGGUUCCUUGAGUGUCCUCAAUAUUUCAGACGCUACUCUUCGAAAUCGGUGGAAAACUAUCAGAUGGAGAUUCGAUCAUGCCAUAGCAGUAUCGUCAGAGUCGUUACAUUUCAUAUCCAAAACUUUGUGGCUAUAUGGUCCCAACGUUUCGGAGGAUGCAGCCGUAUUUGUCAGUAUUUCAAAAUUGUCAUUUGAUGCACAAAAUGGUUCAGAAAAAUUUCAAAGGGAUAACAUUUUUGGAAAAAUGUACGCCAAAUUUGUACUCCUGAUUUACAUGGGAUUAAAUAUUAAAGUGCAAGCAAUCUGCAUUCUUUGUCCUAACGCUUUAUCCCCCCGUGCUCUCGAGUUGUCACACACAGGCGACAUUUCAUCGGUGACAAAUUUUUUGAAAUCUUGCCAUCAAGAGUUCAAUAUGGCCAAAGGUCACAACAGCAUAGCACAAUUAUGUCAAGUUGGUUUUCGGGGAGUAAUUAUGGACCUGAAUUAUCAUAAAAAUGUGGAACUCACCGCCAGAUGGAGAUAUGACAAAAAGGCAGACAAAAUUGGAGUGAUUUUCGGAAUCCUUAUAAAUCGAUUCAACUUUUCAUUUAAACGGGAAUCUUGGGAUCAACUUCAAGGAAACUAUUCUGGAAUUUACUUAAAUACAGGAGGAGAUAUGCCAGAAAACUAUAUUUAUGGUCGCAAGCUAACAUUGGCCUACAUCAUCUCAGAGUUUUUAUUAUACUGCAGGAAAGUUCCGAUAAUCUCUUCAACUGGAUGGGAUUUUUUGUGGGCACCUUUCGACUACGUCACCUGGGGAUUCAUUUUAGCUACUGGGAUAUUAUUUUCAUUGUAUCACAGAGGUCAAGUAUCUUAUGGGUUGGACGUCUUUUGGGGAGUGCUUGGAGUGCCAUAUACAUCAAACUGGGCUAGGAGUAAACUGCUCGCUUGUUUUCUGGUGGUUCUAUUAAACAUGAACGUUGCUUACCUAAGCGUAAUCACGAGCCGAGUAAUCAUUCCUAACCGUGAAGCAGACAUUGAAACACCUGCUGAUCUAUUUCGACAAGGAUUUCGUUUUAUCGACAGCAAUGUCAGCUCAGCCGGCCCCGGUUUUAUAAGAUACUGGGGAAAAUACUUGGAAGAAGCUAGAAUUAACACGAGUGUACAAUCUGACGUUUUGGUGCAAGUGAAUUCUUGUGGUGGGACGCAUGAUCCUGAAUGCAUUUCAAAGUGGGCAAGCCUGGCGACGGGUGUACUAUAUUUGCAUAAAAAGACAGAAGUUCUUCUAAGCAUUUCCCUAAAUAUGCGAGAUCGAUGCCACGGUGUGCGACGACCCUUCAGAUCCUACUGGGUUUCUUUUUAUUCCCAAGGGCCACUUGCUUCUAUUAUCUACGACACUUACCAGGCUCUUAUCGCCACUGGGAUUGACAAUUUUUGGGAAAGACUUCAAAGAGCUUCAUCAAUUUAUGAUGCAUACAGAGAAGCCAACCACACCACAAACACUCAACCACCACUCAACUUUGACACACCAAUCCUUGUAGUUUUCAAAGCGUAUGGAGUUUUAAUAGCAAUAUGUAUAAUUUCAUUUCCGAUCGAACAGCUAUAUUCAAUCGCAAAAAGUCGAAAUAAUUAUGAUACAAAAAAUAUGGGGAACCUCUUCAUCAAUCAAAACUUGUCGUCGCACUUGAAGCUUGUAGUUCCAAAUGGAAGGAUUAAUAAUAAGAAAUUACGUCAGCCUAGGGUAAUUUUAGUGUCCAAUUUUGGUAACAUUAAAACUUCCAGUGAUAAGGAUAACUUCAUGAAACCAAGCCUAGAUGUUUUAUGGUAAUGUUUAUUAUUGCUUAAGAAAAACUGUCGAAAACCAAAAAGGUGACAAAUAAAAUGACCUUGUAA